GUUAGCACAUAUGCAUUUAAACCUCCUCCGUUUAAAAUUCUCUUCUGUUCGAAAUUAAACUGAUAAAGCCUUUCCAAUUUUCCGUUAACAGAGCAGCGGAAUUCACAGACUGCAGAGAUUCAAUGGCGGCGGCUCUGCAGUAUUUGGAGUCGCUGCGCAAUGCGAACCCGGAGCUUUCCGAUUGGUACGCCGCGCUUUCGGAUCUCUACCAGCGUAAGCUACGGCACCAGCUCACCCUCGAGCUCGAGCAAUUCGUCGUCCUCGCCGUAUUUCGGGACUUGGCGUUUGAUUUAUCCCUGUCAGCAUUGUUGGGCAAAAGCAUCUACAAUUUUGGCGAACUUCUUGCACGUCCAGUUAUUAAAAGUCUUCUAGGGACUAUUUUUUAGUGGCUAUAUCAUAUUCUGGAAGCAUUCAACUCUGGCGAUUGAGUUCGUUAUCAAGAACUUUGCCGUGUCCAGGGAGCUGCUCUGAGUAGGCAACCAAUAUUCGUCCAUAAUGAGAAAAAGCUUCUGGAAUAGAUCAACAUUUUCUGUUUGAUGGAGAUUAUCUUCAGGUUAAUUAGGAAACUCAUUGCUGUUUUACAAACUGUGUUGCAUAAAAGGAAUUGCUUUGAUAUAUAUCUAGCAAAAUUCUUUAUGC